AUGGCACUGGUCGCUUUGGCCGCAGGGGCCAUGGCUCAGGAGCCAGGCGUCAAGCAAGAGCCCGAGUUUACGUACCUGUACUCUACUGAUCUGUCCAAGAAGCAGUUUGUUGACGUCAUGCGCUCUGUCGACACAACCGCGUGGGACAAUGGCUUCAAAUCCAAGGGCAUGCACAAGUGCGCCCGCUACUGCCGCCGCGAUGGCGGCGGCGGCGUCUGCGCCGCCUGGACUUUCUGCUGGGGCGAGCGCCGCUGCCACCUGCUGUCGCGCCUGCCCGCCUCGCUCGAGGCGGCGCAGCCCGGGGCCCUCAGCUCGCUGAUGGGUGGCAACACGUACAACGCCCAGUGCAGCAGCGGCUACUCAAAGGCCGCCGCCAACUCUGCGCGCCUUGCGGCCGCGUGCGACGCCAAGGUUCAGCCCAACACCCUCAUCACCGAGGUCAUGUCCUGGAGCUCUGACAGGACCCGCGAGAUCGACGCCAAGUACGACGCCUUCCAGAAGUCGUCGGCCGACUGCUGCGCCCUCUGCGCCGCCAACCGCUCCAAUGGCUGCGUGAUGUGGACCUACCAGCCGGGCGGCUGGAUGGUCGACCGCAACCACAAGUGCACUCUGUUCCAGGGCGCCAACCCCACAGUCAGCCAGGCCAGGGGCAUCACCAGCGGCGUCAUGAACUAG